GGCAUCCAUCCAGAAUGCAGAUUUCAGCUGGAGAUUCAUAAGGAGGAAACGAGGUGCAUGGAGCUCCUAAAGAAUGCCAAACCAGUGGAUUACAGAGGAUGUGUUGGAGUUUGGGAUAACAUCACCUGUUGGCGUCCUGCUAAAAUUGGAGAGACUGUCACUGUCCCGUGUCCAAAAGUAUUUAGCCUUUUCUCUGGCAAACCAGGAAAUAUUAGCAAGAAUUGUACAAGUAAUGGAUGGUCAGAUAUUUUUCCUGACAUCCUAAGCACUUGUGGGUAUAAUGACUAUGAGGAUGACUAUAAGGUCAACUUCUAUGUAAGGGUGAAAGCAAUUUAUACCCUUGGACACAGUGUAUCUCUGAUUGCUCUUACAACAGGAAGUAUAAUUCUUUGUCUUUUCAGAAAACUCCAUUGUACUCGGAACUACAUCCAUCUGAACCUGUUCCUCUCUUUCAUUCUAAGAGCAAUCUCUGUUUUAGUCAAGGAUGAUAUUCUCUAUUCCAGCUCCAACACAGCUCACUGUCCAGAGGAUCAAACCUCAUGGGUGGGCUGCAAGGCUAUUUUGGUAUUUUUUCAGUAUGGUGUUAUGGCAAACUUUUACUGGCUCUUAGUUGAAGGACUUUACCUCCACAUCCUCCUUGUGUUAAUAUUCUCCCCCAACAGACAUUUCACAGUCUACCUGCUGAUUGGAUGGGGAAUUCCUACCAUAUUCAUUAUUACAUGGACAGUAACACGGAUCCUAUUAGAGGAUACCGGUUGCUGGGAUACAAACGAGCACAGUGGUCCCUGGUGGGUUAUACGAAUACCAAUUUUAAUUUCUAUUAUAGUGAAUUUUAUACUUUUCAUUAGUAUUAUAAGAAUCUUACUGCAGAAAUUAAGAUCUCCUGAUGUUGGAGGAAAUGACCAAUCACAGUACAAGAGACUUGCAAAAUCCACGUUGUUGCUUAUUCCAUUAUUUGGAGUUCAUUACACAGUGUUUGCUCUAUUCCCUGAUCGCAGUUCCAAUAACUAUAAAAUAAUUUUUGAGUUGUGUUUGGGAUCUUUUCAGGGGUUGAUUGUUGCAGUCCUGUAUUGCUUUUUGAACAGUGAAGUGCAAGGGGAGCUCAAGAGGAAGUGGCGCAGUCUGUGCUGGAGGCAGACAGCGGGCAGGGACUACAGGCUCCACAGCUCUUCCAUCUCUCGGAAUGGAUCCGAAAGCGUUUCCCAGCUCCAUCGGCAUUCCAGAGCUCAGUCUUUUAUGCAGACGGAGACCACCAUGAUAUAAAGCAGCUCGCUCCCCUAAAAAGGGGGGAAACAAAAAACUGGGGGAUUUAUCAAUCAUUAUGUGGCUUGAUGUGAUAUUUUCUAAAAUGUACAGUUUAGUGCUUUGCUUUUCUACAUAUCGAUAUUUGGGAAAUUGGUUUGUGCAGCCAACCAGGUAAUAACAGAGACACCUGCCCCAUGGAUGCUUUGUGCUUUUUUUAUACCAUUCAAAUUAAUUACAAUGUCCUCUUGUCAUUUGCUAGCCAUAACUAUUUAAAAACUAAUUUACUCUAGUGGUUCCUUUCUCUUCGGUCUGUCUGGGUUGAACGGUACCCUCAUCAAUGAAGAGCAGUUUGGUACAUACGAAGGUUUGGAUGAGAAGCAAGAAAAUUCCUUGCACUUUAUUUAAAGUAAAAUUUCUUUCUUAGAGGAUAUAGGCACUAGUUAUGGUAAACAAAAGCAUAAUAAAGAAAUGUAAGGCUCUAAUUAACCACAGUGUGGUAAUCCAGGAAAUCCUUAAUAUUAUUUACACAGAGAGGAAAAAAAAAGUAGAACUUUUUAGCUAAUUGUAUAAAAUCUUCAUUCAGUUCAGGGAUGACUUUCUA